AUGCCGACGCCGUCGCACCUGAGCAAGGACCCGCGCUACUUCGACUUCCGGGCGGCGCGGCGGGUGCCGGAGACGCACGCGUGGCCCGGGCUGCACGACCACCCCGUGGUGGACGGCAGCGGCGCGGGCGGAGGGCCGGACGCGGUGCCGGUGGUGGACAUGCGCGACCCGUGCGCGGCGGAGGCGGUGGCGCUGGCGGCGCAGGACUGGGGCGCCUUCCUCCUGGAGGGCCACGGCGUCCCGUUGGAGCUGCUGGCCGGCGUGGAGGCCGCGAUCGGGGGCAUGUUCGCGCUGCCGGCGUCGGAGAAGAUGCGCGCCGUGCGGCGGCCCGGCGACUCGUGCGGCUACGGGUCGCCGCCCAUCUCCUCCUUCUUCUCCAAGUGCAUGUGGUCCGAGGGCUACACCUUCUCCCCGGCCAACCUCCGCUCCGACCUCCGCAAGCUCUGGCCCAAGGCCGGCCAUGACUACCGCCACUUCUGCGCCGUGAUGGAGGAGUUCCACAGGGAGAUGCGCGCGCUGGCCGACAAGCUGCUGGAGCUGUUCCUGGUGGCCCUCGGGCUCACCGGCGAGCAGGUCGCCGCCGUCGAGUCCGAGCACAAGAUCGCCGAGACCAUGACCGCCACAAUGCACCUCAACUGGUACCCCAAGUGCCCGGACCCGAAGCGGGCGCUGGGCCUGAUCGCGCACACGGACUCGGGCUUCUUCACCUUCGUGCUGCAGAGCCUGGUGCCCGGGCUGCAGCUGUUCCGGCACGGGCCCGACCGGUGGGUGACGGUGCCCGCCGUGCCGGGGGCCAUGGUCGUCAACGUCGGCGACCUCUUCCAGAUCCUCACCAACGGCCGCUUCCACAGCGUCUACCACCGCGCCGUCGUCAACCGGGACAGCGACCGGAUAUCGCUCGGCUACUUCCUCGGCCCGCCCGCCCACGUCAAGGUGGCGCCGCUCAGGGAGGCCCUCGCCGGCACGCCCGCCGCCUACCGGGCCGUCACGUGGCCCGAGUACAUGGGCGUGCGCAAGAAGGCCUUCACCACCGGUGCCUCCGCGCUCAAGAUGGUCGCCAUCUCCACCGACAACGAUGCCGCCAACGACACGGACGACCUGAUCUCGUCGUAG